AUGAUAUUACUCCUAUUAUUGGAGACUAUUGAUAUUAUUUAUACAACUGAAUCAAAACCAAAUAAAUUAAUUCAAAAUAUUUGUGAUACAUUGUAUAACGACAAUAGUCUUUCAAUUGAUGAAAAUCAACAAUGGGAACUUAUCUGUCAAGAAUUAUUCCAUUCAAAAGAUGAAGAUAAAUAUAUUAAAGAAGAACAACAUUCUAAUAAGGAUGAAAAUACUUCUCAAAAUAAACAGAUGAACAAAGCUAUAAGAAUUACAGGUGGCAUUCGUAGUGGAAUUCGUAGUGGUAGUAGUGGAAUCCGUACCGGAAUUCGUACGUCACCUUCUAUCACAAGAUAUUCCAAUACUCGUACGGGUGCAACAAUUUUUCGUCCAAACGGAUGGAUAUGGAGUCGAUCUCGAUUAAUGUUUCUUCCAUUAGCUACACGAUAUCUUUAUCGAUCUCGUUCAUCAUCUAAUCGAUACACAACACCAGCUACUAGUUCACAAACUUAUUAUUAUUGUACAGCAAAUAAUGAUGCUUCAGUUGAAAUCCAAUGUAGUUCUGUGAGUGGUGAUUCACAAUGUUGUGAAGAUCAAGAAGGUAAACAACCAUUUUGUUGUGGUGGUGAUAUUCCAGAGGAUUAUGUUGAAGAUAUGAAUCGAGCAACAAAAAGAAUAGCACAAGUAUUUUAUACUCUUACAGCAUUGGCUUUAUGUAUGCAUUUAUUAGUGCGACGUUUUUAUCGAUGA